UCGAGGAACGCUCUCUACUUUCACAUAAACUUCUCAGCUCAGUCCCUCCUUCAAACUGACAUCAUUCCUCCCUCCCUCUGCAACUAUGGCACUCUCAACUCCCAUCCCAGUAACUUCUUCUUCUCUUUCCCUCUGCAGAACAACCCUUCAAUCUCCAAGAAUUUACAGAAAACGCCUCCCCUUUUCUCCGCUUGCUUCUCUGCAAAGCUCAUCUUCUCCAUCUUCUUCUUCUCAUCAUGAAUCAUCAUCAUCAACAGCAGCAGCACCAGCCCAAAUUAAAGUUGAGUCUGCAAAGGCAACCAGUUCAGAAAAGGGGUUUGACCAUGCUUUGGCAAACACAAACGUAGGCCCGGUUGUGAGAUUUGUUGAGUCCACUGAAUCAAACAUUGAAAGGGCAAUAUUCGACUUUCGCUUUUUGGCACUUUUAGCUGUUGGAGGUUCUCUGGCAGGUUCUAUGCUCUGCUUUCUUAAUGGUUGCAUUUACAUCUUUGAAGCAUACAAAGUUUAUUGGACAAGCUGCGUCAAAGGAAUUCAUACUGGAAACAUGGUUCUACGACUAGUUGAAGCAAUUGAUGUAUAUCUAGCUGGAACUGUAAUGUUAAUUUUUGGGAUGGGCUUGUAUGGAUUGUUCAUCUCUAAUGUGGAUCCUAAUGAAUCUCCUGCUUCUGAUCGUGCCCUUAAGGGUUCUUCCUUAUUUGGGAUGUUUGCACUGAAGGAGAGACCAAAAUGGAUGAAAAUUAGUUCGCUUGACGAGUUAAAGACUAAAGUAGGACAUGUAAUUGUCAUGAUUCUUUUAGUGAAGAUGUUUGAAAGAAGCAAGAUGGUAACAAUAGUAACUGGUAUGGAUCUAUUGAGCUAUUCUAUAAGUAUUUUUUUGUCUUCAGCUUCGUUGUAUAUACUCCAUAAUUUGCACAAAUCAGAAUAGAAGUUGGAGAUGAACAGCUUCUUGUCCCAUGGACGCUGCUAUGUAAUUUGUAAACCAUGUAUAAUAUGUUUAUAAAUGAGCAUAAUUUACUUGCAUG